GGGAAGACCGCUGCCUGACUGCGGCUCGACAGGUUUUGAGGCCGCCAUCGUCUACCAUGCAACAAGCAGAGGACGCACACCAGCGAGUUCACCACCGACACAGAAAACGGCGAGGCGCAGCUGGAUGCCAUGCAGCUGAACCGACUGCAUGCUGCAACCAUGGCCCCAGUGCCCGCGCACCUCAAGUCCAGAGACAAGAAGGAGGUCAGGCAACACCACAAUAACUGCCACAGUGACCGGGAGGACAGUGACCGGGCCAGGAGCUCCAUGCAUGACCAGCGCAUCACCACCAUCAACGAGCUGUCCGAGACCUUUGAGAGGAAGCUGAAAUUCCGGACCCGGAACGUGAUGUCACUGAGUGACGCGGACACCCUGUGUCUGAUCUGCCGCGAUGACAUGAAGAGCUGCGGGACUGUGGUCACAGAGCUUGAGUGCACACACUGUUUUCACAAAGAGUGCAUUGAGCAGUGGCUGUGGAAGAAGCAGUGGUGUCCCACGUGUCAUGUCCAUGUGGCUAUGCCCCAGCCCUUCUACUGGUCCGCCGGCCGUGUCAAAGUGCCCUGAUGUCUCCGGCCUGCAGCCAAACAACCCUCACUGCUCACCUACCACCCACCUACCGCCCCAACCAUGUCGGAAAUCAUUCCUUUUUUCAUAACUUCAU